AUGACGCCCGAAACAAAUCUGACCGAAGAUCGAGCACAGACGAAAGCAUUUGUAGAUUUUCGGUGCUCUCCUUCUGUGGUUGGUGGAUUACAACCACAAUCAAUCUAUUUCUCAGCAGUUUACAUUCUCCUCUCCAUCACAACAUUUCUUGGCAAUUCUCUUAUCCUUGUUGCCCUUCACAAGGAAUCUGCCCUCCAUGCGCCGUCCAAACCCUUGUAUCGUUGUCUGGCAACGACUGACCUGUUGGUUGGUAUUUUUAGCCAGCCUAUCAUGGCUACUUAUUGGAUGCUCGUGGCUCAAGAAAACUGGAGUCUUUGUCGGUACGCAGGCGACGCCGCCUUCAUACUAGGCUAUACAUUAUGUGGAGUGUCUUUGUCAACGAUGACGGCUAUAAGCGUGGACAGACUUCUCGCCCUGUUGUUGGGGCUGAGAUACAAACAAAUUGUAACUUUGAAACGCACGUAUCUCAUUGUAGCUACCUUUUGGGUUACCUCAAGUUUUUCUGGGCUGUGGUAUAUUUCAAAUUACCGUAUAACCUUAUGGCUUGGCCGUGUAAGCACAUUAAGCACAUUACUUCUUCUGCUAAUCUCAAUCAUCUCGUACACAAAGAUUUUUCGUACUCUCAGUCGUCAUCAGGCUGAAGUACAACAUCAUGUUCAACAACAGCCGAGCCAACCAUAUGCAUUGAACAUGGUGAAAUACAGAAAAGCACUAUACAGUGCACUGUGGUUGCAGAUUGCAUUAGUUGUUUGUUAUUUACCAUUCGUUAUAAUGGAAAUUUUUAUCAGCCCUAGUAGCAUAUAUCCAUCGCACUUAGGUGUUUACUGGGAAAUAGCAGUAGGCUUAGUUCAAUUUAAUUCUACAUUAAAUCCAUUUAUUUACUGCUGGAAGAUUAGAGAAGUAAGACAAGCAGUGAAGCAGACAAUCAGACAAGCACUUUGA